GAACCAAUAGAAGAAUAUACUGCUGCUGAAGAGUUAGACGAUGCUAAAAGAUGGAAAGUUGUAAAUGUAGGAGAUAAAGAAUAUAGGAUAGAUCUUAUUGUAAUUGAACCAUAUAAAAAAGUUAUCUCACAUGGAGGAUAUUAUGGUGAGGGAUUAAAUGCCCUAAUUGUAUUUUCGGGAUGUUAUUUACCUGAUAAAAGAAGAAAAGAUUAUCAAUAUGUUAUGGAACACCUGUUUGUCUAUGUAGUACAUACAUUAGAAGAAUUAGUAGCUGAAGACUAUAUGAUAGUAUAUUUUCAUGGUGCUACUCCUAAAAAACAGUCUCCUAGUUUUAGUUGGUUAAAGAAAUGUUAUCAGAUGAUUGACAGGAGAUUAAAGAAGAAUUUAAAGUCGUUGUUUUUAGUUCAUCCAACACUGUGGUUACGUACAGUUGUCUUAAUGACAAAACCAUUUAUCAGCUCCAAGUUUAGUUCAAAGUUGAAAUUUGUGAAGACAUUACAAGAUUUAGGACAGAUUAUACCAAUGCAAAACUUGAAUAUCCCUGAUGCUGUC